AUGAACAAUGAAACCACAACCCUGAUAUCCUUAAAGGAGGCAAUGAAAAGAGUAGGCCACAAACUCCAAGCAUUAGAAGCACAGUUUAAAGAACUGGACUUCACCAAGGAUAAUCUGACACAGAAAUUUGAACAUCAUAGCAAGACUCUGGCAAACCAAGCUGCCCAAGAUGAGCUGUGGACAGCAGUUCUGUCAUUCAAGUUCACUCCAAUGGAAUUGAAUAUUUUAUACAGCUACGUCAUUGAAGUACUCAUCCGCUUGCACACUCGUGUGCUUGAGAAGCUGCCAGAUCUGGUGAGAGGUCUUCCCACCUUAGCCUCCAUCCUUAGACGAAAAGUCAAGAACAAGCGCAUUAGAGUUGUAUGGGAGUCUGUUCUGGAGGAGCAUGGGAUGCAAGAAGAAGAUAUCACAGCACUGUGCACCUUCUUUGUAGCACAUGGUAACAAGGCAGAACACUACAUUGCUAAAGUAAGGCAAAUGUAUAUAAAAGAUGUCAAUUUCAUGAUCACUAAUAUGGUAAAGAACCAGGCUCUGCAGGAUGGUUUGCUAAAGGCUGUUCAGGUCAUUGAGAAGGGAAAAGCAGUGAGGGCCCCUGAAGAGCAAAAGUCAUCCCUAGAAGAGUUGAUACCAUCAGCCAAAAGCUAA